AGCCAUUUUGGCUCAAGUUUUCAGUGGCUCCUUGGGAGUACUUUCGCGCAGGGAUAGGAAGCCUUCUCUGCUGCAAGGGUCUCUCGAUUAGCGGUGCUGGCCCAGCCGACUUCUCGCCACUGCCAUGCACCCGAUGCUUCGCCUGCUGGCCGCCGCGGCCGCCGCGGGCGCCGCGGGCGCGCCCAUCUUCGGCGGCAAGCGCGCGAGGGAGGCCGCCGCUGGUUGGCUGGGGGUGUGGCGCGCGGCCUACCAGAAGAACGACGGCUCCGUCCCUGAGCUGAAGGACUCGGACGUGCCCGCGGCGCUGAAGGGGACGGACUCCAUGAUCGUCAUCUCCAGCGGGGGCGCUGCUGGGGGCGUCGUGACGGAGGGGAUGGGCUACGCCAUCAUGGUCGAGGGCAUACACGCUUUGGGGGGCAGCAAGGAAGCGCUAAACACGGGCCUCGCCCUCACCAAGGGCUGGCUCGGCAUGGUGUAUGGUCCCCCAGAGACUUCCAUGGGCAAGGCGGAAGCCCCGCUCGGGGGCGGCAGCGGUGAGAAGGGAUCCGCCACCGAUGUCGGCGUGCCGCCGUAUGGUGUAUCGGCGAUCAAGGGCAAGGACGGCGGUUACUCGGGGAUGGCAGCCUGGAAGUUCCCCGUAAACCAGUGUGCUCCGUUCUGCCACGGCACCGCCACGGACGGCGACGAGGACGCGCUUCUGGGCAUGAUCUACCUCGCAGAGGCGCUCAGUGCGCCAGCCGACUUCGUGGACAUGGUCAUGCGUGCCGCCAUCACCUUUGCGUCUACCGACCUCGGCUUCCCCGACAUCUACCGCAGCCUGCCCGACGGGUCGCGCAUGUAUGUCCCCAAGGGCGGUUCUGAUUGGGGCGGCUUGACACCGGAGUCUGGGAAGUAUGGCGCGUCCCAGCAGCCCUGGUGCUACAAUCCUUCGUACUUCGCUCCAGGCCAUUACCGUGUGUUCCGCGACUUCGUCCAGAAGUAUUGGGACUCCAGCUUCGACAGCUAUCUGCCGUCAUACCUCGACGGCGCGCCCACUACUAUGAAGGAUUUGGUGGCCUCAUUCGACGGAGCGAUCACGGCAGGGUACAACAUCCUCUACCACUCCUCUUGUUCCUCAGGCGCCGUCUCCAAUUGGGUUGGCGUCAAGGCGGAAUGCACGGGUAAGAGUCUCAAUUGCGAAGGGAUUCCUUGGGCCACGACGCCUUACGUCGGCGCGAAAGGCACGUGUACCGCGUCUGGGACGACCUUCGGCUCCUACGGCCCUGACGCCAGCCGCACCCCCUGGAGGAUCGCCAUGGAUUACAUUUUGUACGAGGAGGAGUCCACCAAGGUGCUGAUGUACGAUAGGCAUGGUAUCCUGGAUCCCUCGCUUGAGUUCAACGCCCAGGUGUACCUCAAUCGGUUCGCUAACCAGUACAUGCUCUACGCGACGUGCGACGGAGGUGCUGCGGGUGCCUGCAUGCAGCAGGGCCAGGUUGCGACCUUCGAACUGGCCUCGGCCUUCUCCAUGAACGCCCCUGGGCUCACCUGCAAGAACGUCCCCAACGCCGGGCAGGAUUGGUGGGCCGGCUUCAUGUCCUACCCGACGUUCACGGUCUUCGUCGCCCCACACAAGAACCUGACGGCCAGGCAGAGCGCGCAGUGGCAGGAGACCCUCGCGGGCAUCUGCGACUUCUCUGGCAAGGCGCCGAAGGGCGGCCUGUGCAGCGAGUCGUACUUCGAGCUGGGGCAGGAAGUGAUCUCCACGAUGAUCAUGUCGGGCCACGUCGAGCCGCUGUACUCCGCGGGUGGUGGACCCCCUCCGCCCACCGCAUCCACCACGGAGUUCGUUCCCGACUCCACGACGGCGAGCAUUGAGGCGCCCGUCGCCGUCACCUCGGCCCGUCGCCCGCCCGCAACGACGGCGACCACCUCGGCGCCGGGCGCCGCAGAGGGCAGCUCCUUGCAGUCGCCCUUUGACUGCAAAAUCGGCCUCUCGCACUGGCGGGAGGCCUGGUCAUCCGAAAAGCGAGCUUGGUGUUGCGAGCACACCGAGCGCGGAUGCAGUCUCAGCGGCGAGGAUGACGGGCAGCGGCCCGAUGCCCCAACCGCUACAGCGGGCCCGGCGGAGGGCGCCUCGACCGCUUCGCCCAAGCCGACGAACGGGACUUUCAACGGCUUCGCACACCUCUUCGACCACUUCGACAGGAAGCCGACCACUCCUCCUCCCCCGGCGAAUGCCCAAGAUGAUGCCGCCCCCAGCAGCGAAGGGGGCGUCUGCUGCCUCGUCGGCUCCGACGACGACUGCGCGACCUGCAGCAUGCUGGCAGAGGCCCUGCCGAGCAGCCGCUGCAGCAAGUCCGAGGCCGCGUGUGCGGCCUGCGGCCCCCGGGCGGCCUGGUGCGGCGCGGCCCCUGGCACCCUGCCCUUCGAGGCCAGGCCGGCCACCACGCCGACCACUGCGGCCACGACGGCCGCGGCGGCGGCCACGACCUCUCCCCGGCCUCCCCCGCCGACCGCCACCACCACGACAGCUGCAACAGCGCCUGUCAGUGCCGCAAAGACGCCGGCGCCCUCCGCCGCUCCGCCGGCGACGACGUCCGCGGCCCCGCCCCCAGCGCCCGCGCAGGCCGCCUCGAAGCAUCGGCCGACGCCGGCGCCGGCACACGGCGAGGGGGCAGCUGCGGGCAGCUCCCGCGGCGUGUGUUGCCUCGUCGGUGCCGAGGACGGCUGCGGCGGCUGCCGCAUGCUUGCGGAGGCCCUGCCGAGCAGUCACUGCAGCAGGUCGGAGGCCGAGUGCGUGACCUGCGGCCCGCGAGCCGAGUGGUGUGCUGCGGGCGCGGGCGGCGGCGGCAGCGGCAGCCCAGCAGCCCCGUCAGGGAAGCACCCAGCGGAGGCUGCUGCGGCAAAGGUGAGCUCGCCAGCGGCCGUCCCUUCGGACAAGCCGCCCUCGGCCGCGGGCAAGGCUACGAAAGAAACGGCCGCGAAGGCCCUCGCCGCCCACGGGGGCAAGGCGGGCAAGGCUCUGAAGGAGGAGGCCGCCGCCGCCCACAGGGCCGAGGCCGGCGGGGGCGGGGCCGAGGCGGCCGCCGCGGGCGAGGCGGAGGCGGCGGGCCGCUGCUGCCUUGCGAGCGAGGACGCCGCGGACCCCUGCGGCUCCUGCUUCGGCUCGGCGUGGUCGGACGCCGGCGGCGCCUGCGGCUCUGCCGACGCGUGCGCGAGUUGCGGGCCGCAGGCGGCCUGGUGCCCCGGGGGCGCGACGCAGGCGACGGCCGCCGCCGACCAGGACGACGAGCCCUUCGACCCCUUCGGAGCACUGCUGACGCCCAGAGGGGCCCCGCAGGCCGCAGCCCUCCAGGACCGCGACGGGCUCGACGCCGCCUCCGUCGCCCGCAAGUUCGGCGCCGCCGCCGGCCCCGCCGGCGACGCCGCCGCCCCGCCGCG